AUGGCCCUCGCUUCCUCCCCCCAUCUUUGCGAUGUAGUAAUUGUUGGCGCCGCUCGUACCCCUAUCGGUUCCUUUGGCGGCGCCCUGGCCCAAGUCCCGGCCACAGAGCUCGGCGCAAUUGCAAUAAAAGGCGCCCUAGAAAAAGCGUCACUCCCUGCCUCCGAUGUUGACGCCUGCUACAUGGGCAACGUCUGCAGCGCCGGCCUCGGGCAAGCUCCCGCUCGUCAAGCCGCGUUAAAAGCCGGUCUCCCCCCUUCGUGCGUCUGCACCACCGUCAACAAAGUCUGUGCCUCCGGUCUCAAGAGCAUCACCCUCGCCGCCCAGGACAUCGCCCUCGGCAUCGCCGAAGUCGUCGUCGCGGGCGGCAUGGAGAACAUGUCCGCCACCCCGUACUAUCUCCCCAAAGCCCGCUUCGGCUACCGCAUGGGCGACCAAUCUACCAUUGACGGCAUCCUGUGCGACGGCCUAACUGACUCCACGGAGGACAAGCACAUGGGCACGUUUGCCGAACGUUGUGCCGCCACCCAUGGGUUUUCAAGGAGCGCGCAGGACGACUACGCGCGAAUGAGCUAUCGCCGCAGUGUAAAUGCGUGGAGCGAGGGCAAGUUUGCAGGCGAAAUAGUCCCCGUGCGCGCGAUGGUGGGAAGGAAGGAGGUCGACAUCGCGACCAUGCGCCCGGCAUUCCUGAAGGACGGGACGGGUACCGUCACCAGCGGAAACGCAUCGGGCUUGAACGAUGGCGCGGCAGCCGUCGUCCUCAUGAGCCGCGCGCGCGCCACGCAACUGGACAUGGCCGUAUUGGGCACAGUGACGGGGUUUGCCGACGCGGAGCGUGCCCCAGCCGACUUCACUAUCGCGCCGGCACUCGCGAUUCCGAAAGCGCUCAAGAGGGCGGGGAGAAAGAUGGACGAGGUCGAUGUGUUCGAGAUCAACGAAGCGUUUGCGGUAGUUGCGCUCGCGAAUUGCAAGCUCAUGGGGCUGGAGGGGGGAAAGGUGAAUGUGUGGGGCGGGGCAGUUAGUCUAGGGCAUCCCAUAGGGUGUGGUGGGGCUCGGAUUGUAGUGACGUUGCUAUCAGUGAUGAGGGAGAGAGGGGGGAGGGUGGGGGUUGCGGGGAUUUGUAAUGGUGGCGGGGGAGCGACGGCAAUGGUGGUGGAAAGGGAGGCAAGGGUGCAGUCAAGGAUUUGA